AAAAUGGAAGAUAUUCUAGGAUCAGCGCGUGCUGCGCUGCAGCCGUUUAUCCAAGUAACGAAUUUGACUGAUCUCUAUAAUGCGUACAAGACAAUUCCAACUCAGUAUACCUUGAUUGGCCACUGCCUGUGUUUGGCCGCGCUGGCCCCGGAGUUCAAACAUCGCUUCCUGGUGCAUUUCUGGAUGACUUUCCUUGCUGGCUUCGGUGGAGGCGUUGUGACGUCCAUCCUGAUAAUGGAUCCCAUGAAGGCACCAAUAAGCAUUUUUGCAAAUAAUGCGCUUGGCCUUACUUGGUUGAUUUGCUGGUGGCUGAUGACGUACUCGCCCUUCGAUGUUGUCAGUCGCCUCCACUCUCUGCCACCCAUCAAGACGGUGACUAAGCUGUGCGUCACCUUCAUGCGUGCGAACCUCAUCAUCAAUCGCGUUGACCUGGCCGUGGCGCUGUUUCCCGGGGUCAUUGCUGCGCCGCUGAUCCUGGGCACGCUGGCCGGUUCUGGUGGCAAGCUGCUGGUGGAUGCCAUCCGGCACCACUGGGGCGGCCUGUCGGGCCCUACGGAGGCCAGUGUGCCCACGUUUGUGUGGCGCAGCGCAGCUCUGGCUGCAGGGGGAUACUGGGCGGCAUGCAAAUACACCGGGCUUCUGACCAGUCAGGAAGCGGCGGCCGUGGUUAUCACAGUUUUGCUUGUCCACAGCCUUCUCAGCGAUUUGUUCGGACCGGACUUCACCGACUUCACGUACCCUGUGGCCAAGGUGGCGCACGCGCUCAGCCUGGUACCUAUGCCGACGGCGACUGCCACGCCGAAAGCCGCCAAGAAAGCUGCUUCCCAGCAGCAACCGAACAAGCCCACCAAGUCCCAGCCAGAGAGCAUCACUGCAAACGGCACCCAGAAGGCAGUGCAGCCGCCACAGCAAAAUGGUAGCGCUUCCGCCUUACAACCAAAGGCGGGCGCAUCAGGCGCCGCGGCAGCAAGGAAUGCUGCAUCUGGCAAGAACGUUGCAGUCAAGGCAGAUAGCAGCAGCGCCAAGAACGGAAAGAAACAGGAGAACAAGAAGACCAAGUAGAGGUACAAAUGAGUGGUUGACCCGCGGCCUGGUAGCCGGCCCCUGCGUAUGGGGUGGAACUUCCUACGCCGUCAGUUAUCUUCGAAGAAAGGUUACGAGCUCACGAGUUGGUGCAUGGAGAGAGUGCAUGUAGGACGUGUCGAGGGUAAAGUGACAAGCUUGCAGGACGGCUUACAGCGCCUCGUCGCUCUGUUCCAUUAUUUCCCCCGAAGAAAUGCUAAGUGGCAAAUCCGCCCACAUGCUCAGCGCGUGUUUUGAGUGAAGUAAGAACGGCUAUUUUUCUCGUAAUAUGCGUUUGGUUUAUUGCAGUCAUGGCUUUGCAGCCUCGAACAGUGAGCAUGAAGAUUUGUCAAAAUUCCAAAUUGCAUUGAAGCAUGGGAACGUGUACUUGCGGCCAUGCCACCAGGCGUGUGUGGUGACACGGUGAUGUAGAAGUUAAUUGUAUUGCGGCCUGUGCCAUACUACUGGGCCGGUAGAAGUUCUUCGCACGGGUGGACUACUAUUCGUGGGCUGGACGAGAAAGUUGAAGUGCUAUGGCGUGGAAAAUCGAAAUCCUAUUUAAGACAGCCCCAUGCAAUCCUGAGGCAGGAAGGCGCGGUUGGUCACGGGGGCCACUGUCUGUGAGGUUUUGUCGUCCCGUAGGUCGUGCUCUGUUGCGUUAGAUAGGGACCAUCCCUUCCUAUUGUAAUAGGGCAUAAUCUAUAGGCGAUAAGGAAAAUCUCACGGACGACGGUCCUUACGUGCCAUGCCCUUGGAUGUGACGGGCUGCCGAGCUGUGGUUGUGAGCCAGUUGCACGAUGGGUUGCAGAUGGCGGAGGGAUUAGGGGAGUUGCCCAACGCUUGAGGUUGGAACUGCUACCACCGGUUGAUGAUGGCGGUUAAAGCACUGACUGAGAUAAUUGUGUUGUAAGAAUCCCAAGGUAUGAAGAGUAAGGGCUAAUGAAGGCGCAGGAGCUGUAAUCCGUGCGAUGGUUAG